UUAGGGGGAAGAAAGAAAGAAACAAAGUUGUCGACCGUGCAGCGCACACGGGGAGGGAUUUUAUUUAUCUCGAGCGACUCGUUUAGCCCAGCACCGGUCUGCUGGGAUGUAGCUGUAACGGAGCACCGCUUUCCCCCGUUUCCGUCUCUCACUCCAAACUUUUCCGCUACUAUUUCGCCUGAGUCCCGGCCAGGAUUUCUGCUCUGAAAACGGGAAUGAUAGAAGCAGCCGAGCCCCGGCGGAUGGACGGACGGACCGAGGAGUCUAGCGAGUGCCGUGUGUCCGUUUUCCGUCGGCCGAGUUGAAGGUUUGAUCGCGUUUUUUAAAACAUUUUUUCCGGACGCAUUUCAUCCUGAGAUGAAUGGCAGAAGUCGGGUGAAGUCGGCUAUCUGUGCGCGAGCGGAUUUCUUUUCUUGUCUACACUGGACCCACAUGAAGUGAUCCUGCAUCCCGCUGAACCUCUCCGCUUUGUGCCCCCCCUCCCCUUUUUUUUUUAAACAAGACAAUUCAAACGGAGAGAUACACCCCCAACACACACACCGCACCGGACAACCGAGACUCUAAACCUGACUGAAGUGCUGUGCAGACAGUUGAACCAGCAGAGAGGAUGCAGAUGUGGAGCCACAUGAGGGUCCACAAAGGAGGCCCUCCACGACCGUAGGUCACGCCGAAGUGUCCUGGAUGUAUGUUUCUCCUGCUUCCUGGCUGGAUUGACUUGAAUUAAUUGCCUAAUAAUCCAAUGGAUUCUUCCUCACCACAGCCUACCUGUGCCUGCUGUGGAUUUUCCACAUGAGGGCAAACCAGAUGACUCAGAGGACUUAAGUCAUGUAACCACCCUGAAAUGUCUUAAAGGUCUUAUUUAUCUGUUUCGUAUUUAUUGUGUGUAUAUAAGGGGUCCUUUUUUUAUUUUUUUGAGUUUUGUGCUAGAUUCAAGGCCAGUUAAAACUUUUUUUGUAAGGAUUUAAAAGCUGCCAUUUCAUCUGUCGUAGUGAAAACUGUAGUAUUACUUGAACGCCUUUGUUCUGCUGUACAUCCACCCACGCUGUAUUUGAGCACGUUGAUCUAUAACUUAAAGAGGGAGCUGUAGGGCUUGACUUUGUCCGGACAGGUAAAAGCACACGAGAAGGCGUCGUCAUGGACAGGCCGAUAAGCAAGUUGUUGGAGAAGUUAAAGCUGACGGACUCUGGCAGUGUGAAAUUCAACAGCUCAAAGAAAAAACACGACUCUGCCAACAACUCUAAUAACAGCAACGCCAACACUGGCAUCUCCGGAGGCAGCGGUGGGGGCAGCGGUCUGCCACUAGCUCCCAGCUCUGCAGCUGCCUCGCCCUCAAGACCCGGCCAGUUCUCGCUUGCCUCUGCAACCACAAGCGAUGCAUGUGUUCCAGCGAGUGGGAGAGGAGGAGGAGGAGGAGGGAUGGGAAUGCCUCCCUCUCAGCUCCUCACCCCACCGCCGUCUUCCUCCACGGUGGGUGCCAUACCUCCAGAUGGUGAGCAGCCAAUUCACCCUUCUACCUUGGCGCCACUGAGGCGUCGCUCCCCCCAGCAGAGAGCUUCCUGUUACCUGGGCGAAGGCGUGGAUUCCCACCUCAGGCGUGAGUCUGGCCUGGGCCCCGAUUGUGACCCCCUGGGGGCGUUUGGCUCCAAGGCGUCCCUCAAUCAACGGCGCUACUCCCUGGAGCUCCAGCAACUGGUCAGACGGCAGCAGCUCCUCUCGCAGCCGCCGCCACUCUCUGUUCCCCCGCCGUACCCCGCCGCCUCGGGCUAUGGGUCAGCUCCCAGAGGUGGAGGCGGCCUGUCAGAGCCUGGCUACCUCUCCGAGCCUGAGAGGCACAAACGCCUCUCCCUCCAGGAAGCUCUGUUUUACAAACGCCUGAGCACUGGCAGCGAACUGUGGGAGAGCACCAGGCCUGCAUCCCUCUCUCAUCCACCACAUCGCACGUCUGAUGUGACCGGAGGAGGUGUAGGGGGAGGCUUCUUUUAUCCCCCAGGACCAACCCUGAGCCCAUGUUCGUCAUUCAGCCUCCAGGAGUCGGUGCUGGUCAGCCCCAGGUCCAGCUUUGCCUCCAGCACGGCCAGCGGCGGCGGGGGAGGGAGCCCCAUGGGGAGCCGCUGCAGCAGCAACCGGACCAGUGGCAUCAGUCUGGGCUAUGACUCUCGCUACUCCGCCUCUGGAGGCCUCCCUCCUCAGCAGCAGUCUCCCUCCAUGCAGACGGGGGGCUCUGCGGCUGGUUAUGGGGCUGCAGGCAGGGCCGGGGUCACCCCUGUGGAGGCCUGGACUCAAUACCUGGACGGAGGGAUGCGUCCAGGGGCCCAUGAUAGCCGACACUCCUACCCACCUGCUGUUGGAAGUCCAGGAGCAGUGUGCUACCAGGCUGGCCCAGAGUGGUGGGAUGAGCAGCAGGCCGGAGUGAGAGGCAAAGAUGGGGGUGUGAUGGGAGACAGGGCCAGAUACUCAGAUCUGCCUGGCACCCGGUACCAGGAAGAGCUCACCCGGCUUCUACUGAGAGAUGCAGCGCUGGAAGGUGAGGGGUUCCUGGAGGGCCUGGUGCUGAAGGAGUCCCUGGCCCUGACGGCUCUUUCCAAGCCGAGCACAACAACACUGGGGUCUUGCUCAGCCGGAGGGCCGGCCAAACCUCAGGAGGAUCCAGGGGUCGGAGCUGGAAGGGAGGCCACGGAGAACCGCCAGGAGUUCUUUGGAACCUGCGUGAAGUGUGGGAAAGGCGUGUACGGGGCGGAUAACGCCUGCCAGGCUCUGGAUAGCCUCUAUCACACGCGCUGCUUCACCUGUGUGUCCUGCGGACGCACCCUGAGAAACAAGGACUUCUACAAUGUCAAUGGUUCUGUGUACUGUAAAGAGGAUUACAUGUUUUCAGGAUUCCAGGCUGCUGCUGAGAAGUGUAGUGUGUGUGGCCACCUUAUUCUCGAACAGAUCCUGCAGGCUCUUGGGAACUCGUACCACCCCGGCUGUUUUCGCUGCGUGUUGUGCUCCAAGGCUCUGGAUGGGGUGCCGUUCACCGUGGACCAUCACAGCAAAAUCUACUGCGUGGCAGACUACAACAAGACUUUUGCCCCAAAGUGUGCUGCCUGUUUACAACCCAUCUUACCUACUGAGGGCAGUGAAGAGAUCCUCAGGGUUGUCUCUAUGAACAAGGACUAUCACUUUGAGUGCUACCACUGUGAGGAGUGUGGUAAGCAGCUCUCCGAUAAGCCCGGCUCGCAGUGCUUCCCCCUGGACUCUCAUCUCCUCUGCCACUCCUGUCACAUGAGCAGACUGUGCGCCACACAUAACAUUCCCCCUCACAACGCACACUGACCGGCGCCUAUGCAGCUGCGGAUGUUCUGAAAAAGCUGGUCUUAACACGCUGUCGUUAUCAUGUGCUUUUGCUCGGUCUUUUCCUUCAAGAUGAAACUGCUGAUAUUAAGACAUUUCCUCUGACUCACUUUCAUUUUGUCUUUGACUUGGCUCAGUCCCCUUUGUCACUUGUACUGCCUGCUGUACUUCUUGUACUAUUACUGUACCAUAGUUAUAAGGGAACGGGAAAGAAACUACUGCUUUUUUACCCCAGUGUGGCUACUGUUUGCUGUAGAAGAACAAGGGAUUUUGCUUAACUGUUUUGUACAUAUAUUAUCGCUAGCAAACAUUUUGCACUUAAAUUUGAUUUUACUGUAAGAGAUUUGUUACGUGAAUCUGUUAAAUGGGGAAAUACAUUACUGUAAUUUCUGUAUGUUGUAAUAAAUAUUUUCUUUUGCGUUCAACGUCCUGCCUCUAAGUAUUAGGUUUGAAUUUUAAAUGGGUUCAGUACAACAAAUCUUCCAUGAUUCAAAAACAAAAGCAGAC